CGUGCAACGAUAAAAAAAAAAUAAAAGUUAAAAAUUAUUAUAUCAGUAAACAAAAGAAAACGAAGAAGGGGAGAUGAAGAAAGGAAAUCGCAAAGGCAUGGGCCGUGGGGAUGUGGCUACUUCUUAGUAUGGUAGUGGCCAAAGUCUUCUCAACCUCACUCCACAAACAAACCCCAGACAAAUUCACUUCACUGAGAGACGGCAGAGGAAACAUGAAGUUUCCCACCAAACCCAUGUCCAGUCCCAGCCGAACGGACAAGUUUCCGCCGCCAUUGUUGAUGAGGUUUCUCAGAACCAACCCCGGAAGCCGAAGCAAAGGAAGGUCUCGUUCCAGCCCAAUGUUCGUCCGCAAGAAGAACGCCGUCAACGAGACCCAAGAACCCUCUUCGCCCAAGGUCACCUGCAUUGGCCAGGUCCGAGUCCGGCGAUCUUCCAAAUCAUCCGGCCGUGCUCCGGCCAGAGUCCGCUGCUCGUGUUCCUGGCUCCGGAAGGCUCUGUUUCGGCGCCAUUUUUCGAAGAGGGUCCGGCACUGUUCCUUCUGCCCGUCGGGUUGGCCCAAAUGCGGCCGGUUUUUCCGCUUCGGACAUUGCCGAAGAGCUCAGAACGGGAAAGACGAAGAUGAAGAAGAAGAAGAAGAAGAAGACGAAGCAGAAGCAGAGGCGAAAGUAGAACCAACAGAGCUUCCGUCUCCGUCUCCGUCCUCGCCCUCAUCUCCGCCUCCGGCGGCGGCUUCCAGUUCGCCGCCGAAGAACGCUUUGCUGCUGACGAGAUGCAGAUCCGCUCCGUACAGAUCUUCGUCGCUGGCCUGCCGAUUUUGGGGCUCUCCUUUGUCGGCGUCAGGAACAGAGGAAGGCGAGAUAGAAAACAGAGCAGAGGGCGAAGCCAAUUGCAGGGAUUCGGCCACGGAAACUGACAUGGAACGAGAAAGGGAAGGAAACUCGGGAAUUCGCGGAGAAUUGGAGGGUUCAGAAGCCAUGGGAACAGCCCAAGGAACUCAAAAUGGGGUUGAAGAACCCGACACAGCGGGAGGAGGCGGCGCUACUCGGCCGGUGAUUCUCACGAGGUGCAAGUCGGAGCCGGCGAGCACGGGAGAGAGGCUGGAUCCGGCGGCCGGUCUCUGGAGGGAGAAGAGGUUGGGUUUCUCCAAUCAUAGUUCAUUGUGAUUUAGGAAAAAUUGGGUAAUUAAAAUGAACUCUUAUUGAUUUUGAAGA